GAGGCGGCGGCAUGAGGGAGGCGGCCGGGGAGCAGCAGCAGGAGCCGGUGGCCGGGGAAGCGGGAAGCAGCGUCUGUGCGGAGCCGGCGGGGAGCGGCCACUGCGGCCAGCCCUGGAAGAAAUUUGUAUAUGUUGAGCCACCUAAAAGAGUUAAGGAAGUACUUGAAGAAGAGCUUUAUUUUCAGAGAGAUGGAUGCCAAAUUAAACAUCCAGUUGCAGUGGCUCUGGAAGGAAUAUGGAGUGUGAAAAGAAAUUUCUCCGUGGGAGGCUUGACACCAGCAUCACAGAACAGAAACAGUUUACUUUCACAGCCCAAGUACUAUUCCAGGCACGGAGGAAUAAGAAGAUAGCCCCAAUGAAAAGCAACAUCUCCCUUUCUGGAGGAUGUGGGUCAGGGCAGGCACCUCCACGUGUUACCAAGCCCAUGAUUAUUUUGUUCCAGCAAACUCAAAGUACCACAAUAUUGACCGUAUAUUAUAUUUUGUAUAAUAAAAUAAUAAAGCCAUCUGUACUGGCAUCUGAUCAGCUCUAACGACAGAGCGCUCCAGCUAGAAGAUGUUGAAUGUGUAAAGGCUUGAUUGCCAAACCUAUCUAUUUGCAGGCAUUGGCAGGUACAGAUCAGCCACUCAGGUUUAUUGAUAUUUUUUUACCUCAAAUUAACAUAUUGGGCAAAUAACCUUGUACUAAGGCCUUGUCUACAUAGAAAAAUUGUAGCAGUAUAGUUAAAGUGGCACAUUUCCGCUAGUGUGGAUGCAAUUAUAGCCAUAUAACAUGCUUAUCCCAGUAGAGCUUUUUCCUAUAUGGGAAGGGGCCUGGGGAAUAAGCAAUAGUGAUAUAAGACACCUUUAUCCUGGUAUAACUAUGUCCACACUAUAGGUUAUACUGGUAUAGCUAUUUUAGUAUCACACCCAUAGCUGACAUAGUUAUCCCAAUACUAUGUGAUCUGGCUUCAGCUCCCAUGCUCACCAACACAUCCCCCUUCACAAAUACAUACAGCAA